UAAAGUAUGAGUGAACGCCGGCUAUUUUCGCAUCAUCGCGCCUAGUAAAAAAAUGUAACUCUAACGGAACUCGAUUGCCUUGUUAGCUUUACCUGUUUCGUACCUUGUUAGUUACGUAAAGAAAUCCACGGGGGACAUUCAAUCUGCUACAGUACACCGAUGAUAUUCCGCAUCCUUUUUUGAGAAUAUGAAAAGACAAGGAAGAAGAAAACUUCUACGAUUGCGUCGAAGUAAUUUCCAACGAUUUCAAAAUCGUCUCAGCAGGUUAGAAUGAAGCCCAUCAAAUCUAUCGCCAUUAUCGGUUGUGGUCCCGCGGGACUUAUAUCCAUCGACGCCCUCGCUCAAGAACAAGUCUUUGACACGAUCCGAGUCUUUGAGCGGAGGGAGAGGCCUGGGGGCUGUUGGUAUGUCUCCUCAUACUGUAUUUAAUAAGAAAUAAGAACGUCAUGUGAAUUAACAAUGACAUUGAUAGGAUCGAUGACCCCGAAGGUCAUAUACAGCAGCUCCCCGAUUUAGACAGAAUCGCAGCCAGAAACCCCGAAGAACAAAUCCAGAUUCCUGAUGUUCUUCCAAUUGUGAAGGAGAGGAGUGAUCUCUAUCGCUUCGACGAGACGUCUAUCUAUCCGACGCUGGAAACUAACAUCGAUGCCCAGGCCAUGGAGUUUUCCCAGGAACCGUUUCCCAGUGAGAGAACGGCCUUCAAUGUCGAGAGACAUGGGAAGGAUUCUCCAUUUCGUCAUUGGAAGGCGGUAAGGGGGUAUCUUGAAUCACUGGUUAAUAGGAGGGGUUAUGAGAAAUUCGUGUCUUAUGGGACGUUUGUGGAGCUUGUUGAGAAAGACCAAGAUGGUGGCUGGAUCCUUACUCUAAGACAAGUUCUUGAGGGGGGGCAAGAUGAGAAAUGGUGGACUGAGAGGUUUGACGCUGUUGUUGUUGCGAGUGGUCACUAUCAUGUUCCCUUUAUCCCUCAUGUUGAUGGGCUUUCUGCGUUCGCGACUGCUUUCCAUGGGAGUGUUCAACACAGUAAAAGCUACCGAAAACCAGAGGUCUAUAAGGACAAAAGAGUCGUGGUUGUAGGAGCUAGUAUCUCAGGCCCGGAUAUCUCGUUCAAUCUCGCCGAUAUUGCGGAGGCACCCGUUCAUUCUGUGGUGCGAGGGAGAUAUCAUCCUUAUUUUGGGGAUUAUGCAUUUCAACAUCCUAACAUAUUUCGUCGACCACCGAUUACACACGUUGUGGCGGACGUGGAAAAGAAUAUCAGGACGGUCUAUUUUGAAGACGGGACAACGUUGGAGAACGUCGAUCAUAUCAUUUUCGCUACGGGGUAUAGUUGGACCCUUCCCUUCCUCCCUACCCUCGCUACAACAAUCCGGAAUAACCGCCUCCCAAAUCUAUACCAACACGUCUUCCCGCACCACGAGGAAACGCUCGUCUUCGUCGGUGCUAUCGCCGCAGGGUUUACCUUCAAAGUCUUUGAAUGGCAGGCUGUUCUCGUAGCAAGGUAUCUUGCUGGUCGUAUCCAGCUUCCCCCUAUCGAAGAGAGGAUCAAGUGGGAAGAGGAUAGGAUUAUAGAGAAAGGCGAUGGUGUCCCGUUUACGGCUAUUUAUCCUAAGUUCGAAGAGUAUUUUGAGGAGAUUAGGGAGAUGGCUGGAGAACCGGAUGGGAAGGGGAGGAAGUUACCGGUGUGGGAGAAGCAGUGGAGGGAGGGGUUUGAUGCUGCGCAUUUGGUUCGAAUUGCGAUGUGGAAGAGGGGGAAUGAGAGGGCGAGGGAGAGGAUUGAGGCAGGGAAGAGGAAGAGUGAGGGGAUUUCUACUCAAUUGUAGGGUGUACUAGUGGGUAACGGAAUCUUGUUGGAGGGCCUCCUGAUUUCUUUUGGUCGUUGUUUACUAGAUUUUUGAGAUAUCAAGAGUAAGACGAUCUGUCUUAG